CACGAUCAUGUGAUUGUUGGUGGUUGCUAGGUUGUAAGUCUACUUCAGCGUAGAAGGUUAAGAAGGUUAAGAAGUAGGAUAAUAAUGGGGUUUGCACUUGCUCCGGUUAUAGUCUUUACUGCCUUGUGGGUAGUUGUUGGUAUAGUGCUACCAUUUGUCGUACCGAAAGGACCAAAUAGAGGGAUCCUACAAGUGGUUUUAAUGCUAACAGCAGCAACAUGUUGGUUAUUUUGGUUGUGUUGCUACUUGUCACAGAUGAACCCUUUGAUAGGACCAAAGCUGUCGAAUAAGACAAUAUUGUUAAUGGCAAGAGAGUGGGGAAAUCCAAUCCAAACCCCAAACUGAUAAUGAAUGCUGAGGUAUGCAGUGCAGAAAAGCAGGCAUCAUUCCACACUCCGUGUGUAUGUUAGAUAUGUACAUGUAUUUGUGAAUAAAAGUCAUCUUGUAUUAUGCAUUGUAAACAGUCAAAUAUAUGUAUCCAUAGUAAGAUUAUUUUCUAUAUUAAUUUUGUUAUACUCCUGUUGUACAUCUAUUUGUGAAAAAGAAUUCAUCCUUUGUAUUAUUGUCACAAACCAACAGACAAACUGUAUCCAUAGUAAGAUUUUUUUUUGUAUUAACUUUGAAGUACUUCCAUGUAAAUUUUGUGUAACAAAGAAAACCUUCAAUCUUUUCAGGUCCUCUGUCAGACCCAUUCCAACAUUCCAAAAGUUAUAUUUCCAUCUGAAUUUGCCAAUUUAAAAAAAUUCAGGCAAAAUAAACUGAAGUUGGAUGUUGUAAUGUGUCAUACAUUAAGGGAGGGGAUUCUAAAUCAAACUAUCAAAUAUUCUGAAAAUAGCUUUGUAGACCAAGGUUAAAUGAAGUUUGAUGUCACAGAAAUAACACAAUUAAGUUGAACUUGUUAAGAUGUUAUAUGGGGAAGUAAUUGGACCUCAAGGGAUUGAUUAAUUAGUAAAAUCGGCGUGACUGUUUUAAUCAAAGUAGGUAACUCAGAGUUCAUGUACUGUUUAAUUUGUAUUACAAACACAUGCAAAUAGUGUAUAAUAUGUGCAGUACAUUUACUUCCAAAAGAAUGGAUAGGUUGUAUUACCAGUAUUUAUAGUUUUAAAUAUGGUGAUUAUGUUGAUUAAUUAAGAAAUAUGGUAUUAAAAUAAAAGUAUAGUAAUAUUC